UUUGGCAUGGUUUUUGCUUACUUUGCAAAGCCAUGUAGAAAAACUUCUUAAGGUUAGUUUUAAAAAGGCACUUGUUUGAUUCUUGUGGGCCAGCUCUUUGCUCCAGCCUGCUGUUGAACACCUGGUAGCUAACCUGGGGCUGAAUUCAAUGAGGUGACCAUUACAGAAUGGCUCAUUGGUGCUAAGUAGACCUGAAGGAUGAUAGGCUUGAUCUUGGCCCGAGCAUUCAUAUUGUCAUACUGGUGCUGUCCAUUGAAGAUCAGUAUGUUACCCUCAUCUCCUGGAAAUUAGCAGUAUUAGCAGACCUAGGGUCUGCAAAUCUAAACAACUGUGUUGUACUAAAUUAGAAUUGCUCUUCUGGGAACCAGUAACCUCAGCAUUUGUCUUAACUGUUAGGUUUCAGUAUGGAAGACAUCAUAUCUGACAUUAAUCAGGUUUAGGUUUUUAUGUUUUCUGCUAAAGUUGCUAAAACCUGAUAUUUUACUUUUGCAGGUCAUCUUUUAAAUGUUGCCUAUGUAAAUUAACACGUCCCCUGUUAUGUCAUAACAACCAUGUAAGGGAGAGUGUUUUCCUGCUCUGUCUUAGGUAUUGGUGAUGUGACCUGUUCAUGCAGGGGAAACUUGAACAUUCACAGGUGCACCCGAGGCUCCCAUCCUGGCAGAACCCAGGAGCUGUUUACUGCAGUACAGUUGUGCCCUCUGAUGAUGUGACAGUGGUUUAUCAAAAUGGGUUACCGGUGAUAUCUGUACGGCUACCAUCUCGGCGUGAACGUUGCCAGUUCACUCUCAAACCUAUCUCUGACUCUGUUGGUGUAUUUUUACGACAACUACAGGAAGAGGAUCGGGGAAUUGACAGAGUGGCAAUCUAUUCUCCAGAUGGUGUUCGAGUAGCUGCCUCCACGGGGAUAGAUCUCCUCCUCCUCGAUGACUUUAAGCUGGUCAUUAAUGAUGUAACGUAUCAUGUACGGCCCCCAAAAAGAGACCUUUUAAGCCAUGAAAAUGCAGCAACACUGAAUGACGUGAAGACACUGGUCCAGCAGCUCUAUACCACACUAUGCAUCGAGCAGCACCAGUUAAACAAGGAAAGGGAGCUUAUCGAGAGACUAGAGGUCCUCAAAGAGCAGCUUGCUCCCCUGGAGAAGGUACGAAUUGAGAUUAGCAGAAAAGCUGAAAAGAGAACUACUUUGGUGCUAUGGGGUGGUCUUGCCUACAUGGCCACACAGUUUGGCAUCUUGGCCCGGCUGACCUGGUGGGAAUAUUCCUGGGACAUCAUGGAACCAGUCACCUACUUCAUCACCUAUGGAAGUGCCAUGGCAAUGUAUGCAUAUUUUGUAAUGACUCGCCAGGAAUAUGUUUAUCCAGAAGCCAGAGACAGACAGUACUUACUAUUUUUCCAUAAAGGAGCCAAAAAAUCACGUUUUGACCUAGAGAAAUACAACCAACUCAAGGAUGCAAUUGCUCAGGCAGAAAUGGACCUUAAGAGACUGAGAGACCCAUUACAAGUUCAUCUGCCCCUCCGACAGAUUGGUGAGAAAGACUGAUCUACAAAGAGCCUGUGGAUCCCGGUGGAAAGAACGCCUGUUUAUAACUCUCGCCUUUUUAAUUAAAGCAUUGCAGGUGGACGCUGGGAGCCAUGUGGGGGUAGAGGGUUUUUACCUUUAAUUAUAAAACAAACACAAAGGGAUCUUAGGAAAGAGAGCAUCAAGCAUUGUAGAAUGUAAGCUCCAAGGGCUUAGUGAAUCCUGUCUUAAUCAAGCACCCCAGUGUCUGGAUAAAAUGAUGCAGUUACAUAGCUGACACUAAAGAGAAAAGCUGCUGGGCUGUUCACCUGCAUCUCCUUCAUGGAGUCAGUAAAACAGUCACACACCAGCACCCUACUCAGCUCUAUUGUUUUUAAUUUACCAUUUCUUAUUUUUGACAUAGGAGUAAAUGAAUAUAUCAGAAAAGGAAAUCCUCAUAAAUGUAGAUGGCAAACAGAGUCUAUGCCCAUGUAAUUCACAUUUGUUUUUUAGUUGGACCCAGUCUCUGAAAAGUUGCCAGGAAUGUCUUCCUCCCCUCUACCCCACAAUCCCUUUUCUGACCUCUGUCCUGUCUGUCUCACUAACUUUAUCCAAAUGAUUACUGAAACCAAUUUAUGACUGUUUGAUUAUUGAUACUUAGAUUGUCCCCAAUACCUUCCUAGAUGUCUGCAUAUCCCAAUGCUCUAAAUCAGUUUCUAGAAAUCAUUGGCAAUAAUGAAUUAAUCUUUCAGAAGAGGAGAGACUUCCCCUUUCUGCGCCUAUCCCAUUGAUACUCCCCUCUCCCUGCACAACUCAGACCAGAGGGUGUGUGUUCAGCUGUAUUACCAAAUCAGGAAGAUGUAAGGUUUACAAACCAGCUAAAAAUCAUGACUCAGUAGCCACUUCAGAACGAGAAUGAUCUCAUUGCUGUUUAUCUGCUGGUGACAGCAUUGCAGGCUCCCAGAUGGCACUGCCAUGUCUGGAAGCUUAGCCAAUGCAGGGAUACACUUCCCCACCGCAGCUCCCUCAGGAGCCUCCCCACCCCACUGCAGGCCAUAAACAGGGUGUGGAUUUCCAAGGGUGCCACUUAUCUUUACACAGGAAUACGUUUCUAUGGCUUCCUCUAGCCUGCCUUCUUCAUCCUGGCUUUUUCUUAUCUUCAGAGAAAGAAGAAUUAAUCUUGUAUUCUAUCAAAACGUUUUCUAGCAGAUUUCCAGAUGGCAUCUGCACUUGGAGAAUCAAAGGAAUCUGUGUGUCACAUCCUGUUUUUAAGAGUUCUGGGGGCAGGAUGAAGACAUCACAGGGCCUGCUACCAGGCGGAUUGGCCCUUUUCUUUCACAUGAUUCAUCCCUCCUCAUGGGGAAAGGCUUUCCUUUUCUUCAUUUGGGGUCAGUGUGUGUGACAGAAACUUGAAGUGACAAGCCCAGACUCCAGGUGCCUUGAAGAGUUGAAGGCCAGCCAGGACUGCGCCGCUCCCGCACCCCUUCACUGGCAUGACAGAAUGAAAGGAUGCAUGUCCCCACUCCCGCCCACCUCCCACUUCCUUCCUGUCCUCCAGCCCCCUCCUCGGUAUUUCUGUCGUGCCGAUUAUUUUUAAACCAUUAUCCUGUUUGUGCACAGGAAUUUGAAGAAACAGCACAGUGCAAUGAGCAAAUCCUUCGGGGGGUGUGGGAGGAAGGGAGGGAGGACGUGGAGAAAAGUCCUUACAAAUAGCAAAAUAUUGAACAUGUGUACAAUCCUGUAUCAUUUAUGAAAUAUGUAUAAAAAGCAAUGUACCUUCUGGAACAAUAAAUACCUAUUCAAUUUUUGAA